UUCAUUAUCUCAGAAACAGCUUUCAUCUUCAUGCUGCGCCCAUCUCUGCCUCUGGUGGUCGACGAACUUCUUCUUUUUCUUCUUAUUCUGGACAACAUGAACUCACUGAUCUCAUCCUCUCUCUGCAACUAUUACAUUUUAAAGGUACCAUUGACGCACACCAGAUUAGAAUCUAGGUAUUACUUCGGCAAUACCCAGUUACCAACAAAGAAUUUCAAAAUAAGUGCCAAUGCAAAUGAAGUGGAUACUCAGGCCACAGUGGAGGAAUCCAAGAAAGACCUAAAACUAGAAGAAGAAGCAAAAGAAGCAAGAAAAGUUUCUGCCCCUGCACUCGACAAAGACCUCAAAAAGGCGGUUCAAAAGACUGCAGCUACGUUUGCACCGAGAGCUUCGACUGCCACAAAAAAUCCUGCAGUACCAGGGACUGCCUUGUAUACAGUUUUUGAGGUUCAAGGGUAUGUCUCCAUGCUGGUAGGUGGGGCACUUUCUUUCAAUCUCAUAUUUCCAUCAAACGAGCCAGACAUAUGGAGAUUGAUGGGGAUGUGGUCCAUUUGGAUGUUUACAAUUCCUUCUUUACGUGCUAGAGACUGCUCCAAGAAUGAGAAAGAAGCUCUUAACUAUCUAUUUCUCCUCAUCCCUUUGCUAAAUGUCAUAAUCCCUUUCUUUUGGAAAUCCUUUGCCUUUGUGUGGUCUGCAGAUACAAUAGCCUUUUUUGGAAUGUAUGCAUGGAAGUUUGGAUGGCUACAGAGAAAAGAGUAGGCACAAACUCACUAUUUCAAGGUUUUUCUUUGAUCGGAUCAAGGGACCUUGUUGCACGUUGCAACUGAUCAUUGAUCUUAUUAUAUCAAUGGUGCUGUUCAGUAAAACAUUUGAAAAUCCAGAACUCUGGAUGUUACAACCAAUAGGAUGAUUGCCUGUUGCUACCCCAAAGACAGAGCAAGACACUGCCUUCCGUUUUUCAUUUUAGACAUCGAUUAACCAUACGUGGGGUCUAGUAUUAUUAAUUUGUCUUUUGGGGGUUCUGGGGGUUCAUAUACUGAGAUGGAUAACACAGAGUAUGAAGUUACAUGUACUUGGGAAGCCAACUUGUGAUGGCCUAAAUAUGCUAUUCAGAAGAAUUGCUGGCUAGGGAAUGGCAAAUUGUUUCGAGUAUUUUCGCCUUCA